AUGGAGGUCACUGUAGUUGGACUCGGCGCUAUGGGAGGAGGGAUGGCAAGAUCACUCCUCCGAUCCUCUACAAUCACUCGAGUUUCAGGGUUUGAUCUUUCAGAAAAGCUUGUUUCCAGCUUUUAUGAAGAAUCAAAAAAGGCGGGAAAGGCAACGGAAAAGCUCCCAUCCGACUUGAAGCUUCAAAACUUCGUAUCAAGCGAUACUGACGUCGUACUGAUUGUGUUGGUGAACGAAGCACAAUGUCAGUAUACCUGUUUCGAUGGUGACGCAAGCUUGGAAUCCAUCAUGAAAGAAGGUUCUUGUGUCAUUGUUUCUUCCACCGUUUCGGCUGGUUGGAGCAAAAGUGCGUUUCAGCGCUUCUCAAAGAAGAAUAUUCAAUUCUGUGAUUGUCCCAUCUCAGGUGGUGCGGCACGUGCACUAAAGGGAGAAAUCAGCAUCUUCUGUUCCGGCGAGCCAUCGUCUUUGAAGUUUAUCGAUCCGUUGCUCCAAGCCAUGGGCAAGGAGAUUCAUAUUGUCCCUGGAGGAGCAGGAAUGGGGUCUACAGUGAAGAUGGUUCACCAGUUGCUAGCUGGUGUUCAUAUUGUUGUAGCUGCUGAAGCUCUUGCGCUUGCUGCAAAGGCUGGGCUAGAUGUCAAUCAAAUGUAUGAUAUUGUCAAAGGAGCCGCCGGGAAUAGUUGGAUGUUUAGUGAUCGUGGUCAACGAAUGAUCGAGAACCCAGACAAGAAGGUUUUGAGCGCGCUUGCAAUUUUCAUUAAGGAUAUGGAUAUAGUGUACAGCGAAGCUAAGCGAUUGCAGUCCCCAAUCCCACUAGCAUCAGCUGCUUUGCAACAGUUUAUCAGUGGCGCUAGUCUCGGCUUGUCGAAAGAGGAUGACUCUACAGUUGUACGGGUCUAUGAAGCCAUCACAGGAGUAUCUGUUAAUCAAUCUCAAAGUAAAUUCAAGGAAGGCGACAACGUUGGAGAAUACUGGGUGCUAUCAGAUGGAACGAAAGAGAAGAUCGUUGAAGUUGGCGAGGAAGUACGACACCAAGUCGUCCUCUCAAAUGAAUACACUAGAGUCUUAAAGGUCAAAUUCCCACCGAAUGAUACAACUUGGGCCCAUCGCCAUGCCGAAGAUAGCUUGUAUUUUUUCUUGGUGGAAGGCGGAUUGAAUGUGGUGAAUCAUGUGAAAGGCAGCGACCCAGAGUGUGACUGUAUGGAAUUCGGAGAGGUGCGAUAUGGCACUCACAAGUCUGAUAAACCUCUGGUACACAGAAUUACAAACAAGAAUGAUACAGACAUGUUCUGCAUUGAUGCAGAGAUUUUGAAGUCACCACCUGUCACAAGUCCUCUUCCAUUGAUUGCGGAUCACCAUUCUCUGAUAAAGACUCGUGAUCGAUGCAGAGUCUACAAGCUCGUACUAGAACCUGGACAAUCAGUGACAGUAAGCUAUCCCUUUUUCCAUCUGGCUAUUGUAUUGAAGGGAUCCAAGAUUGAAAAGAGAAUUGGUUCCAAUGCACACUCAAUAUCAUGGAAUAAGGUUAUGGAAAUUGGAGACGAAGAAUGGUGUACUCCAACCAUCGAUCUUGCAAUUUCAAAUGUUGGGGAAACCGUAUUCGAGCAGUUCAUUGCCGAGUGGCGAUGA